AUGGGCGAGCAUAACCUCCUAAAUAGCAGCUUUGUGGGACCUUUGGUGAACAUCCACACCGGAGACACGUUUUACCUUCCCAACUUUCGUGCGUCUGGGGGACAACUGGCGGGUCUACCCUCCCUCCCUUACCCAAGAAGGGACAAUGUUUGCUCCCUGCCUUGGACUCAGUCGGAGCCUUGCAACGGAUAUAGUCAGUCCUUCUUUAGCAGCCCCGUGUCCCUGAACCCUGCCUUCAACCGAGCAUGUGAGAUCACACGGCAGGACGAAAACAAAUGCUUUUACAGCGGCGCUGGAGGUGGAGGUAGCAACCGGGAAAACGGCGCCGACAGCGCCAACCUCAAACGUGAUGAGAGGGCACGAGAUGACACACUGCCAGAACACGGACUGCACGGUUCCAGCAUGAUGGCAAGCGGGAGAAUAUACUCCAAGUACGACUACGCACCCUCUGCUGAGCAUCUGACCCAAGACCCUCCAUCCUGUCACUCCCUGGAAUCGGACUCUGGCUCUUCGCACAACGAAGGGGGCAAAGCACCGUGCACCAUCGCGCAUUCACUCACAUCCCCGGGCAGCCAUGCGAGCAUCACAGCUCCAGGAGGAGGUGCUCCAUGGUACCCUAUGCACACGCGGACCCGAAAAAAGCGCAAACCCUACUCCAAACUGCAGCUGGCAGAGCUGGAGGGCGAGUUCAUGCUGAACGAGUUCAUCACCCGGCAGCGGAGGAGGGAGCUGUCCGACCGCCUCAGCCUGUCCGACCAACAAGUGAAGAUCUGGUUCCAGAACCGCCGCAUGAAGAAGAAAAGACUGUUGCUGAGAGAACAGGCUCUCUCCUUCUUUUAG